GGAUCUGCUAUAGUUCUUCCCCAAAUCCGAAGAAAAGUAAGCUUAUUAGAUCGUAAGAAUCCAAGAAUCAGGUUUUGAUCUUUAAUUCAACUUCGUCCUCCUCGAAUUUAGUUCUUGAAGCCCCCGAUUUUAGCAGGAUUAUAGUUGUCGUAGAAGAUGGAGAAAGUGAUGAACAUAUUAAAGCCAAAACCUAAUCCGCAACAGCUAUUACGCGAUUGGCAACGUCGUCUCCGGCAAGAGUGCCGCAACAUCGAGCGUCAGAUUCGUGAUAUACAGAGAGAAGAGAAAAGUGUUCAGAAAGCAAUACGAGAGGCUGCCAAGAGAAACGAUAUGGGUUCUGCUAAGGCACUUGCUAGAGAAGUUGUGAGAUCCAGAAGAACUGUAAAUCGCCUCUAUGAAAAUAAAGCUCAGUUGAAUUCAAUAUCAAUGCAUCUAGGGGAAAGCGUUGCUAUUGCUCGUACGGUGGGGCAUCUGUCUAAGAGUGCUGAAGUCAUGAAGAUUGUUAAUAACCUAAUGAAGGCUCCAGAAAUGGCUGUGACCAUGCAAGAAUUCAACAAAGAAAUGACCAAGGCGGGUGUUAUCGAAGAGAUUGUGAAUGAUGCUGUUGACUCGGCAUUAGAUUCAGACGACAUAGAAGAUGAGAUUGACGAAGAGGUUGAUAAGGUUUUGACUGCCAUAGCUGGUGAGACUGCUGCACAGCUUCCAGAAGCAGUCAGGAAAGAGCGAUUGAAGCAGCCUGCUCAGGCAACUCAAGAUGAAGAGGAUGAGGGUGUUGAUGAUGAAGAGGAAUUAGAAGAAAUUAGGGCUCGCCUUGCCAAAGUAAGGUCAUGAUUCGACUUCCCAUCACCUGCAUUAACCUGUGAGUUGGUAUAUAUACUAUAAUUUGAGAUGGCUGCAAUCAUACCUAUUGUUCGAUAACGAAUAUCCAUAGCAUAUGACAACCAACUUCAUGUAAUCUGGAAAUCUUGUGUGCUAUUAAUUUAAUGUCCUUUCCUUAAGUAUA